AUGACCUCCAGGACCCCCAUCGGCGUCCACCCGCGACCGCCGCAGCGAACCAUCAGCAGUUCGACGCUGCCGCCGGUUCAGCGGCCUCCGCCUCAACGCGCUCUGUCGCAGCAGCUGUUUCCCUCGUCGCCCGUGCGCAAGGACUCGGCCCUCAGCGAUGCCUCGAGCGACUCCAUCGACCAUUUCCAGGCCCAGACGCAUGGCCAGAGCACCACCCAAGCCCAGAGCCAUGCUCGCCUCGUAACCACGCCGCGCAGAGCCGGCUCUCGACUGCGACUCGAGCUGUCCAACGUCGACCCGCCGCACGGAACCUCAGCGCUGCUAUCGGCCACGGCAUCGGCCACGGCUUCAGCUCCAACGUCUGCUGCCUCGUCGCCCCAGAGCCACACCACGUCGCGUGUGCCGUCCAUGGCUGACGGAGGAGAUGUUGGCGACUCGAGUCCAACGCCUACCCGAGCCUCAGCUGCCGACCUCGACAACGACAACAUCCCUCUACCCAUGCCCAAACGACGCCUGCCGGCAUCGCAAACAUACUCAAAGCUAUCGAAACGAGUAGAAGCUCCUCCGCGUCCCGCCCCGGCCCUCAAAAAAGACGGUCGCCCGAAGCCAUGGACUGUUGAGGUUCCCAAAGAUGCUCCGCGCUAUCCUCCUGCCGAGAAACGCCCACCCCCUACUAGCGACGAUCGGUUCGCACGAAGCGGUGAUCCGUUCAGUCGGGGACUCUAUUCUGGGUAUGCCGACUUCUUUCCCUGGCAUGGCACCAAGGAUGUCAAGCACCACGAGGACGACUGGAGCCAAGAGGCGAUCCAAAAGGGUACGUGGGACCGCGGCAGCCAAAACGAGACGGGCACCGCGAGAAUGACCAUAUCCCCGGCUAUCAAGCAAAAGCCUGGCCUGGGCGCUCUAUCUACCAUCUUUAUGGGUAUUCUUAACCAGCGUAGACUUCGAGGCCACGUUACGGCCCCAUCGACUUUUAAACCUCCUCCACGAGUGACUUUGACCGAUACGAAACGAGAAGUAUGGAUGAGAGAUUUGGCCAAUCCUGCCAUUUCUCUUCGCCGACUUAGCAGGACUAUCCCCCACGGUAUUCGCGGCCGAACCCUUCUCGACCAGUGCCUGAAUAAGAGCGUUCCUACCGAAAGGGCUGUCUGGCUGGCCAAAUGUGUUGGCGCCAAUGAGAUUCGUGCCUUUAAGAGGAAGGGAGCUCCCGGUGGUGGUGCUUUUGCCAUCGCCGGCGAGUUCAAGUGGAUCAGAGACUGGACAGUCUUUGUGGAACAGUUUAUCGAAUCCACAACUUUCUCGUUUGGCGAGCCAGACUGGAAAGCCAAGGUGACUUAUGCCAUUCGACUAGCGACAAGUUUUUACGCCGAGCAGCUUCUCGAUCGAGACCACUAUCUUGACUGGAUCACAUCUGGCUUGGAGCACAGUCCGCAGUCCAAGCUUCCCAUGUGGAUUUUGAUUGCUCAGAUCUGCUGGGCCGACAUCCUACGCUCACGAAAGUAUGGGCGCCGUCUUGUUUAUGCCUUGCUCGGCCACCUCCAUACGAUCUAUAUCCAUCCCGACAAAGAUAUCCUCAUUCAACUAUCGAGCCAGCUUUCCACCUUACUAGCCUCACUUGUCAGAGAUAAAUCCGACAGCUUUAUUGACCCAAGCCUAUGGGCAAAGCAUAGAGACGCCUUGGACGCCUCACUACCGCGGGAUGACAAAGCAAGUCGGGACGCAUAUUCUCAUAUCAAUACUCGGAAUGGCCAGGUAUCUAUUACGAGCAAUACCUCGCCACUUGCUGGGCGGCCACAGUUGGUACGGCUCCUAGACGCAACCCUGCUUAGCCAGAUAAACCGCGAUCUGCCCCAGAAAUGCUGGGCCACCGGGGACGACAAGACCGAUAUUGUAAAGACCACCGUGGAUUGGGCAACAUCCUUUUAUCGCCCUGGUUUAGCAAGGGUCUACAUUGCCGCCAACCUGAUCAGAGUCUGGGCGUCGUUGAGGAUUGAUGUCACUGGUGCAAUCCUUGAGCACAUGGACACCAUACCCGCCGACGACGAGGGACGGAAGCAGAUGGCGUACCAUCUUGUGGUGGAGUUGGUUCGGACGGGGCAGUUCUCGGUCACCCAGUAUAUAAAGUGGCUCAUGGCUCGCGGCGGCUGCAGUCAUCCAUCUGAAGUGAACUCUGACGAGGCUCCCUGUACCACCAGAUUGCUGGUCCACCUCCCCGUGCAUUACCUGACAGAAGACCAGAAAGAUGAUCGAAGCAACCUGCUUAGGCGAGCAGCUAACUAUUCCGUCAUCGAGGAAGCAGACGACAUCCACAACGCCCUAAUGUGCGUCAGCCACACCCUGGGCUUGCCUAUGCAGGACAACGACAUGUCUGGCAGGAAGCCCAUACCACUGCGAAAGCUUCUCCCAAUGAUCGUCAACAGCUCAAGGGCUUUGCGAUGCGCCGUAGGCGUCCACUUGCGUGAUAGCGUGAUGAGGCUCAACAAAUCUGUCCAAGCCAUGUCACAGCGUCUAUUUUCUGCCAUCCGCACCAUUCUCGAGGCCACACAAGACUUUUAUGCCCUUUGCGAAAUACUCAAAUUUUGCUCCAGGACCACCAACAUCGAAGUCCUUGCGUCUUGUGUUGAAACUCUGAACUUGAAUCUGCAAGUUUUUUACGCCCAAGGCACUGCCGAGCGCUUGUUCACCGUCUUCUUCGAGCGGCUCAAGGCUAUUAACCAAGAGCAGGGCCUUGUGUCCCGCCCGCUGCUCGCUUCUCUAUGCUCCCUUUCCCGGCGGAUGCCUAAUCGCCAAGAGAUUUCUAAAAUUCUAGCUCACGAACUUUUUCUAAAUGAUCGCAACAAUGCCACCGACGCCUGCUCACCAGUUUCCGAUAAUAACAUGGCCAACCCGCUGUCAGGUGCUGAUGGCGAGGUCUCAGAACAGAUUGAGAAACUGUUGGCAAGCGGAAAUAGCAUCGAUCACCCAACCAUGAAUCGCCUUUUUGCAUACAUCAUACGUAGACUUGAACUUGGUUGGGCCAAGAUGGAUGAUAACCGGAGGAUUCAUGCCUCCCUCCUCACUCGUCUCCGUUUAUUCGAUGCUCAGCAUUUCGAUAAGCUCAUGUCUGACUGGGUUGGGCGAGUUCGGUUGAUGAAGAAGCGGGAAAAAUUGCAUGCCGUCUUUCCUCUCCUGAUUAUUACUGACGCUUUGCCCGUUUCUUUCCUCUUUGGGCCUACAAGCUUGACUCCAGCUCCUGCGCCCCAGGGAGAUGCUGAAUCGGCAGGGGCUGCACCACCAGAUCUGUCAUCUCCCGGAGCAGCAACUUUUCACCAAGAACUGCUUCACUUGACCCUCUCGAAAUUGCCGGAUGAUACAGAUCUCAGCCAGGAAGAAGUAUAUCGCUUCGGAAUCUGCCAGCAGUCUAUUCAUUUCAGCCAUCACAAAGGCCUGCUUUCACUCAUACGCCACGCCAUCAUUGAAUAUGCUGAACUCCGAGCUGGAGACGGCAAUGUGAAACUACCGCUUGACGACGUCGCAUACCGAAACAGGAUACUAGACGCUUUGCAGCUCUUGGUUGUUAUGCACACCGCGGACGUUACAGAGGCGUUUAGCGUACAAAAAGUCCAUCCAGGAGCCUUCCGCCUGAUACAUGAAAUCAUUAGCAAUCUCUUCAAGCAACGCGGGGCCAAGGAUAGAUCGUCGUUGACGGCGCCUUAUGACGAAAUCUUGCGCCAGACGAACGAGCUCACCAUGCCAUUUUGCCAGAUCAAGCUCAACAUGGAUCUUUCCGUUACGCCGCCUCGUCAGACUGAGAGCGAAAAUGCGCCGCAGAGCGUGUCGCAGUAUGAUUUAUUUGCACAAGCUAUGGACCGUGCGAUUGGAGCCCAGAAUGUCAUGUGGACGACCAUGCUCCCCUGCCUGAGCAAGGACAUCUCUCGCCACUUGCAAAGCCAGGCCCGCCAGCGAUUCUUAGCUCUUGUACCGGCGUCAUCGCAAUUGAAGGAUCCUGAGAACACCCAGAGUGCUCUCUCAAGUAAUAACAAUCUAUACCUUGCCGAAAAGCUCCUUGGCGUUAUCGAGGCCAUCGUUGUGGGUCAGCAGCCGCCGCCUACAGCUCAGCUUACCAUGGCUCUGGCUAACAAACUGUCGGAUCUCGUGGACUUGGUCGUCGCGCCAAGGGCUGCCGGAGACAAGAAAGGGGGGAUGCUAUCGUCUGUCGUUGAGCACUGGAUACCGAUGCUGCUGAAGUUUGUGCUCUUACACAGCGUGUCUCAGGAGCCCUUGAGUGCCUCUGUAAUGACUACUUCCGUCCAGGGAAAACUGCAGAUGCCUCCCCAUCACGAGGCUCGGGCACAUACUGUUCUGACCCUAUGCCGCCUGCUGCUUGGGCUCGAGACACUUCCAAGCCAGGUGGCUGGAGGCGGACUGUUGCAACAUUUAUUUGACGUCGCCGCGGUCUUGGCAGACGGCUUGCCAGACGACCUACGCCUUCACUGUGCCAAGUCAGUUCUUGUCGUGCCUGGUAUGAUGCCGAGUCUGCACACAUCCUCAGACUUUCGCCUGUAUUACAUCUUUAGUAUUCCACCGCCAACAGCUAUGGACGGCAUGAUGCUUGCGCACAGAGACAAGGCAGCAGUGCCUCACAGCUCUGCGUCCAGGGGCAUGGGUGCCAUGUAUGGCAUCAGACCAUUGCCUCACGAAAGGCUCUCCCCCUAUGUCAUUCGACGAUGGGAGUUGCUUAGCGAGCCCACCCCCAAUGUCGGUGUGAACGAUACGAGCUUAAACCUAAGUCUCUUUGAAGCCAUCAGGAUACACUAA